AUGGGGCUGAGGCCGCGCGCUUGCCGCCGCUCCCACGCCGCCCGCGGGGCUCAGCUGGCCGUGCGCUCGCCGCCGCUCACACGCCGCCCGCGAGGCUCAGGCGGCGCGCUCGCCGCCGCGCCCACGGCGCCCGCACGCCAAGCCCUACUCGCCGCCGCGCAGAAGCUCGCCAGGCCCGCUGUGCUUGUUUGCCGUGUGCCGGAUCGGGGGCACACGGCAAAGCAUGGGCUUUGCCUCGUCGAGCGGCCGCCGCCCACGCCGCCUGCCACGGUCGCGCCCACGCCGCCUGCCACGGUCGCGCCCACGCCGCCCGCAGGGGCCUGCUCGCCGCGCCUGCCACGCCGACGCCGCCGGGCCCUGCUCGCCGCGGGUGCCACGCCCGCGCCCACACUGCCCGCCGGGCACGGUCGCGCCAAGCCGGCAGCGCCCACGCCGAUGCCGCCGGUCACGCUCGCCCGGCCCGUGCCCACGUAG